CACAAUUUAAGCCCAAUACAACUGACCAAUCAAAAUUAGUGAAUGCACUGCAUCUCUCUGCAGUGGAGAGAAGCCACAAGGUAGGCUGUCAUUCUGCAAAAGCUGCCCAGAACAGGCUUUCCUCUGAAAAGCAGUGCCAUUCCUUUUUAGAAAGACUGAACCUAAGUGCUGUCUCUGGAGACAAGAAGCCUUCAGUAUGUUAAAUUACUUUCAUUAUGUAUUUUCAGAUGCUUAUUGAUUCCACAGUAGGAAGAGUGAGAGACUGCAGCAGCCUCCAAGCAGCACUACAUGUUCCAUACAUUAGCAGUACUGCUGAAACAAUGGCACAGUACAGACACACAUUUUCAUUAAGGUCUUUUUCGAAGAGGUGUUUAUGACCCUCUUCCCCCAGUCCUCUACUAACCAGUGAACAAAAUGAAUCAAUCAAAACUGGAAAUGCUUCAACUACAUCAAGAAUUUAUCAAAUCUUUAGCAGAGGGCCCAAAGCAGCUAAUUCAGUAUUUACAACUGACAAUAUGAAGAAUGCAUCUGACCCAUCACCUCCCUAGCUGUCUGAAUCACAAACUGCAGGAUAUUCUUGCAACAAUGAUUUUAAGACAUUAAGGAGUUAAAACCAGAGAAUAUAGGUCUACGUUACUGCUGGGAUAUAACACAUCGACAGUAACCAUCCUAAGAAGAUGCUAUAUAAAACAGCCACAAAAUGAAAAUAUAACUGUAAAAGCCUGAAAACAAAAUGGUGAGCAUUUUUAAAGGGGGAGUUUAUAAUUUAACAUACCAAAAUUGUGGAGCCACCAAUUCUUGAAGAAACAAUGAAACAUGGAUUGCCAAGAGAAUGAUAUACAUUACCAGCAAGCUAAAUGAAGCUGUAGCAAGUAUUUUUCUGCACUAAAUAUUCAGAUAUUCGUAUCAAUUGAUAUUACUAAAGGAUUUUUCCAUCUGAGUUUUAUGACCAAUUAUGUAUCCUCUUCUAAUGAAAACAAACCAAAUUAAAUAGCAGAUGGUUUUUAUCAAGAGAACAUGGACUGGACUUAUAACCAAGUUAUGUGACCAAGAAAUCAUUUCAAAAUAAUGAGGACUGCUAUAGAAACAGAUUUACAUUUGUAACAAAAGGAUGUCUAAGUACAUUUUAGAAGCUAGAAACCUUAUGUUUCUUUUGUUUUCACAUGUUCUGGAAAAUAAAGAGACAUCAUCACAUAUUCUCUCAAAGGGAAACAAUUCCUAUCAUUUGAGGAAGUUUCUCUCGGUCGUGACUUUUUAAGGCAAAACAAACACAAGUAUUUUGUACUGGUCUUUAGAAAUUCAUCAGCCAACUAAAUCUCACAAUUCAUGCAGUUGAAGUACUGGAGAGAAAAAUGAAAGAAUUCCUACAAGACAUGAAAUAAAACACAGCUACUUCACUGUUGUCAGGGAAAAAACCAACUGCUCCAAAAGAAUGUGUUUUUCUCCCAUUCUGGAAAUCAACAUGCAGUCUGAAUCUAACAUUACAGUGCGAGAUGACAUUGAUGACAUCAACACCAAUAUGUACCAACCACUAUCAUAUCCAUUAAGCUUUCAAGUGUCUCUCACCGGAUUUCUUAUGUUAGAAAUUGUGUUGGGACUUGGCAGCAACCUCACCGUAUUGGUACUUUACUGCAUGAAAUCCAACUUAAUCAACUCUGUCAGUAACAUUAUUACGAUGAAUCUUCAUGUACUUGAUGUAAUCAUUUGUGUGGGAUGUAUUCCUCUAACUAUAGUUAUUCUUCUGCUUUCACUGGAGAGUAACACUGCUCUCAUCUGCUGUUUCCAUGAGGCCUGUGUAUCUUUUACAAGUGUCUCAACAGCAAUCAACGUUUUUGCUAUCACUUUGGACAGAUAUGACAUCUCUGUAAAGCCUGCAAACCGAAUUCUGACAAUGGGCAGAGCUGUAAUGCUAAUGAUAUCCAUUUGGAUUUUUUCAUUUUUCUCAUUCCUGAUUCCCUUUAUUGAGGUAGAUUUUUUCAGCCUUCAAAGUGGAAAUACAUGGGAAAACAAGACACUUCUGUGUGUCAGUACGAAUGAAUACUACACUGAACUGGGAAUGUAUUAUCACCUGCUAGUACAGAUCCCAAUAUUCUUUUUCACUGUCAUAGUAAUGUUAAUCACAUACACCAAAAUACUUCAGGCCCUCAAUAUUCGAAUAGGCACAAGAUUCUCAACAGGGCAGAAGAAGAAAGCAAGAAAGAAAAAGACGAUUUCUCUAACCACACAACACGAGACUACAGACAUGUCACAAAGCAGUGGUGGGAGAAAUGUAGUCUUUGGUGUUAGAACUUCAGUCUCUGUAAUAAUUGCCCUCCGGCGAGCUAUGAAACGACACCGUGAACGACGAGAAAGGCAAAAGAGGGUCUUCAAAAUGUCUUUAUUGAUUAUUUCUACAUUUCUUCUCUGCUGGACACCAAUUUCUGUUUUAAAUACCACCAUUUUAUGUUUAGGCCCAAGUGACCUUUUAGUAAAAUUAAGGUUGUGUUUUCUAGUCAUGGGUUAUGGAACAACUAUAUUUCAUCCUCUAUUAUAUGCAUUUACUAGACAAAAAUUUCAAAAGGUCUUGAAAAGUAAAAUGAAAAAGCGAGUUGUUUCCAUAGUAGAAGCUGAUCCCAUGCCUAAUAAUGCUGUAAUACACAACUCUUGGAUAGAUCCUAAAAGAAACAAAAAAAUUACCUUUGAAGAUAGUGAAAUUAGAGAAAAAUGUUUAGUACCUCAGGUUGUCACAGACUAGGGAAAAGGCUAAGUUUCACCAAACCCACACUCAGAAGUUUUAAAUUUAAACUGUAAAAAAUUACUGCCAAAUAUAAGAAAAACAUUUUAAGUACUGGUUAUGUUGUAAAUUUUCAAUGUAAAUGUCAAGAUUAGAUUAGGUCAUAUAUAUUCAAUUUCUUCAUUACUUAAUGUAUUUGUUGCAUGGCAGUUUGUUAAGGUAAUAUCAUGUGUAUAUUUUGUCAAUAUUAUGUCCAUCAGAAGAUAUUUAUGUAAGUCAUAUUUUCUAAAGAAUAAAUACAUAGCCUUAAAACACUGUAUAACUUUAAAAUAUAACUGACACAGGUAUCCUUGCUUUUUUUUUUUUUUUUAUAAAGUGUAUUGUUUCUAAGCCACAAACUAUAGAUAUAUCUAUAUGUUAACAACUGGAAUAGCAUUUUAACAUAAAAACCAAAAUUAUGGGCUCCAAGCAACCAAAAUGACCCAGGAUUUUCCAUACCACUAUAUUAUGUUUUCUAGCAUAGUCUACUUGCUAUAAUAUUUGAUUCAUCAAAAAUAAUGAACUAUAUAUGAAACUUUAUCCUUUUUGGAAUGUAGGAAAUUGUAGGAUUUAUCAGGAUUUUAAAAUUCAAGAACCAAAAAACAAACAACCGUGUAUAUGCACAUCAAGAUAGGGAAACUUUUGAAAUUCAAGUUUAUUAUGAAAAAGAGACUGAUUUUCUAAGAUCAAGGGCACUAUGCCUAUAAUAUACAAAUGAACUGACAAUAAAAGAAAGGAAGAAAACUAAGGCUUCUUUCCUCCUUCCUCACUUUGGUUGAGUUAACCCAAAUGCUCUGGAAAUACAGUAUACUGGCAAAAAACAGUGCAUUAAAAUAAACAGACAUCCUAACUUUAUUCAAGUCAGCCUUUUUGUAUAACAGAAGUUAACUACUAAAAUCUGAAUACAAGGAAGGAAAAAAAAAGACUUUAUGUCAUUAUAGAAAAGCCAACUCUUUCUAACUUUAGAAACAUAACAACUUUAGAGUCAUACAAUUUACACAAUGUUCCUACACUCUCAGAGCUCCCAAGUGUUUCCAAAUAUAGUAGUCCUUUUCAACUCUCGAAGUCAUUAAAGUGGCAAUAAAUCUUGUGAAUUUUUUUACUCUACACCACGUAAUUAAAUUUAAAGCAUUUUGCCUCCAAUCCCCAAUUCAUGUUAAAAAACUGUGAAAUUACUAAUUCUAACUAUAGAUAUCAGGUUUGAGAAUCUCAUAUCACACAAGUAUUUUCCAAUUGUUAUAAUCUAAUAAUCUAUUGAUGAGUGCUAAUUAUUACUGUACCUGAAAAACAGCAAUAAGUUAUUUAAAGUAGGCAAAUACUCGCUCCCCUGUAAUGGGUUAACUGGACAAUUCUUUAUUGUUUUUUCAUACUGUAUUCACUAAAUCAAGUAGCAACUCAUUUUUAAAUAAAAAAUUUUUAUGUCAUGCAAUAAUAAUCUCUCAUUGAAAGAAACAUGUUUUCAUUAGGUGGUCUUCUAUAAUUAAAAAUUAAAUGUUGGACUGUGAAGAAAACAACCAAUUCAAUAAUAUACCACUUUUAUGUAAAUAAAUGAAAUUCAUCCAAUUUAGUUCACUGAAUACCUUAUCCCUUGGGGAAAUGAGAACCAUGCAAUAGCAGGA